GGACAACAAACAAUGACGUACCAGAGUCGCUGUGUGUUGCAGUCAAAUCCGUCCGGGUCUCUGAAGUGGGUGAAAGGUCCAGCGGUGAAGCUGCAGCUGUACUUGAGCCCCAUUUCCUCUCAUAGCUUUGGCCGACCAGCGGAAAGUCAACAUGUCGAAACAGCCGCAGCCGAUCAGCCCAAUGAAGAACUUCUUCGCGGGAGGUUUCGGCGGCGUCUGCCUCGUCUUUGCCGGACACCCCCUCGACACUAUUAAAGUGCGUCUACAGACUCAGCCGAAGCCCAAACCGGGAGAGAGCGUCAUGUAUGCGGGGACUGUCGAUUGCUUCAAAAAGACUUUAGCGAAAGAGGGGGUGAAGGGGCUCUACAAAGGCAUGGCCGCCCCCAUCAUCGGCGUCACGCCCAUGUUCGCCGUGUGUUUCUUCGGCUUCGGCUUGGGCAAGAAACUGCAGCAGAAGAGCCCCGACGACGUCCUCACGUAUCCGCAGCUGUUUGCCGCCGGCAUGUUAUCCGGCGUUUUCACCACGGCAAUCAUGACGCCCGGCGAGCGCAUCAAAUGUCUACUGCAGAUCCAAGCGUCCUCCGGGAAGGUGAAGUACGACGGGCCGCUGGACUGCGUCAAGCAGCUCUACAAGGAGUCCGGCAUCAGAGGGAUCUACAAAGGCACCGUGCUGACCCUCAUGAGAGAUGUCCCUGCGAGCGGAAUGUACUUCAUGUCAUACGAGUGGUUGAAGAAUCUCCUCACGCCGGCCGGAAAGAGUCGCGACGAGCUCAGCGUUCCCAGCGUGCUGUUCGCCGGAGGCAUGGCGGGAAUAUUUAACUGGGCCGUGGCGAUCCCCCCCGAUGUGCUCAAGUCUCGUUUUCAAACAGCUCCGCCGGGAAAAUAUCCCAACGGCUUCCGGGACGUUCUGCGCGAGCUGAUCCGGGAGGAGGGCGUUGGCUCCCUGUAUAAAGGUUUCAACGCCGUCAUGCUUCGAGCUUUUCCGGCAAACGCUGCUUGCUUCUUGGGAUUCGAACUCGCGAUGAAAUUCCUCAACUGGCUGGCGCCGAACCUGUGAUGAAACUCUUAUUACAGUGCACUUAUUUGCACACGCACACAGGGACUCUAUAAUCAUAACAAAUUUCCACUUCUGAUUGUGUCUGAAAACGUGCUGUACCGGGUUUUUGGAGCAGACGGUGUUUCCUCAAAUGGUGGCGUCCGCUCGAAUAGACGCCGCGUCUCGACGGAUUAACGUCGCGGAUCGUUACGGGGAAUGUGACGAGUCGAAACGGCGGUUAUCCAUAUUUGUAAUUACAGUUUCGCCUCUUCAAAACAUAACCUCGUUUUCACGAAUCAUAAUUUUACCGGCAAACCUCGACUGUCCGACCCUCGGGCUAACGUUUAAGAUAUCUGGAAAGAUGAAUUAAAGAUAUCUUGAGCUGCAAUUAUGAAUCUUCGGAAUCGGAUCGUUGAUUUCUGAAAUGAGGACCGCAUAACCGUGAAUGAUAAAAGUCAUGUCGAGGUGAUAUGACGUUGCACAUAUCUGAAAUGACAAUUGUAGAUAAGAACGACUGUGGAAGUGAAUAUGUGCCACCAGGAUUUUAUUUUUGAAAUGGAAAGUGAUCACAUUUUCAAUCGUUGGAUUUCAGUGUAACUUUUCAACGUUAACAAUUCAACCGGCUACAAUUCGCCGUCUGUGCCACCAGGCAGGGUUACUUCAGGUCAGAACCAAACCAGCCAAUCCAGUUACUCUUUCUUAGGAUGUGACGUCACGUGACGAAGAAAGCGUCACUGCGAUUGGCUGGUUGCCCGGUUCUGACCUGAAGUAACCCUGCCUGGCGGCACAGACGGUGAAUUUCAGACUGCGAAUUGUAGCAACUAUUGAAAAUGUGAUCACUUUACAUCCAUCCAUCCAUUUUCUUUUCUGCAUAUCCUCACGAGGGUCGCGUCAACGGGCAGGAGGCGGGGUACGCCCUGAGCUAGUCGCCAGCCAAUUGCAGGGCACAUUGAGACAAACAGCCGCACUCACAAUCACACCUCGGGGCAAUUUAGAGUGUCCAAUUAAUGUUGCAUUUUUUUGGGAUUUGGGAGGAAACCGGAGUGCCCGGAGAAAACCCACGCAGGCACGGGGAGAACAUGCAAACGCCACACAGGCGGGUCCGGGAUUGAACCCGGGACCUCACAGCUGUGAGGGCAACACUUUACCGGCUAAUCCACCGUGCCACCACGACCCAUCAUAUUUACACAUUUAAUGUACCAAGUAGUUUUGGAACCAGAAAUCAAGCCUAACAGGUUUUUCAACUAUUGUUGAUGUUUGGCAACACAAAACUGCUUGCAAUAUCGCAACGUCAUCGUUUAUGAUAUGACCGUUUGAAAUUUUGUUUCAAAUUUGAACAAAAAUCACGGAAGUUGAUACACAUGAUUCGGCUUCCCGGGCCACGUAAAAUCGUGCGGCGGGCCGGACCUGGCCCCCGGGCCAUGAGUUUGACACCCGUGUUCAAUGCGCUCGCUGUACAUGUACGCGACGGCGGUUUUCCCACCCGUUACAACAACUGGCGUUGAAACAGGAGUUCAGAACACUCCAGAUGGAUUCUCCCAUCCCGUUAAAAAUCAUGUUUAAAAAUUUGAUAUUGUGCAUUUUAUUUGGGAAAGCGUACAUGAAUCGAUGCUUGGGUCCACUAUAUGAGGAAAUACAGUUUUUGUUGUUGUUGUUUUUUUUUUUUUUUUGCUUUUUAAAUGCGGCACUGAUGUCGUGAGCCGGACAUGUCGUGCCUUAUUUGAAUUUACAGUAUCAGGGAAAAGGUCCAUUUCUUUUUCUACUUGAAUGUCCUGUACACGGAUGUUACUGCGUAGAAAUCUGAAAAAUAAAAACCCGAUUUAUGGAA